UCUCUCUCUCUCUGUGCUGUAGUAAGUGCGUGCGCUCCGCCGCUGCUGUCUUCCGUCCCUCUAUUCUGUGAGAAACACACAGGAAACUUGUCUAAAAACACACAGGAUCGACAUUUAAACGUGAACUUUGGCAGAUGAAACCUGGAUUGUUGUCUCGCAUCGAUCUUUUAACGGACUACCGCCGGUAACGAGCCCGAGGUGCUGAGGGGAAAAUCUAACCGAAGAUGGGUGUAAAGUCGCGGCUUGCACACUGAAGUUGGAGGAUAUUUUCCUGGUGGAAGUGAAAGAGAAGCAGCAACUUGAUUCUUGACGGAGCCGUUCGUGAGCUCCGGUGUCGCUCAUCCUCUGAGGAUUGAGCUAAGAUGAGCAUUACCAGUGAUGAAGUCAACUUUCUGGUCUACAGAUAUCUGCAGGAGUCAGGUUUCUCUCACUCUGCGUUCACAUUUGGUAUCGAGAGCCACAUCAGUCAGUCGAACAUAAACGGGACUCUGGUGCCUCCUGCUGCCCUCAUCUCCAUCCUGCAGAAAGGCCUUCAGUACGUGGAGGCCGAGAUCAGCAUCAAUGAGGAUGGCACUGUGUUUGACGGCCGGCCGAUAGAGUCUCUGUCGCUCAUCGACGCCGUGAUGCCAGACGUGGUUCACUCCAGACAGCAGGCGUUCAGAGACAAACUCGCCCAGCAGCAGCAGCAGAAACCCCACAGCUCCAGCAACACAACGGCCGUUCAGUCCCACGCCACGAAGAACGGAGAAACCCCGGUGAACGGAGAGGAGAACGGCACCCACGAAUUCAAUAACCAUGUGGAGGCCAUGGAGGUGGACGGCGAGGUCCAGAUUCCCGCAAGUAAGGCCACAGUGUUGAGGGGUCACGAGUCGGAGGUCUUCAUCUGCGCCUGGAACCCCGUCACUGACCUCUUAGCCUCAGGUUCUGGCGACUCGACGGCACGCAUAUGGAACCUGAAUGAGAACAGCAACAGCGGCUCGACUCAGCUGGUCCUGCGGCACUGCAUCCGAGAGGGAGGACAGGACGUUCCCAGCAACAAAGACGUCACCUCAUUAGACUGGAACAGUGACGGCACUUUAUUAGCAACCGGAUCUUAUGACGGAUUUGCAAGAAUAUGGACAAAAGAUGGUAAUCUCAGCAGCACACUCGGCCAGCAUAAAGGACCCAUAUUUGCACUCAAGUGGAACAAGAAAGGCAACAGCAUUCUGAGCGCUGGAGUCGAUAAGACGACAAUCAUUUGGGACGCUCACACAGGUGAAGCCAAGCAGCAGUUCCCCUUUCAUUCUGCUCCGGCGCUGGACGUGGACUGGCAGAACAACACCACCUUCGCCUCCUGCAGCACUGACAUGUGCAUCCACGUGUGCCGCCUGGGAAGUGAACGUCCGCUCAAGACCUUCCAAGGGCACACGAAUGAAGUGAACGCAAUCAAAUGGGACCCGUCGGGAAUGCUGCUGGCUUCCUGUUCAGACGACAUGACGUUAAAGAUCUGGAGUAUGAAGCAGGAUUCAUGCGUUCACAAUCUUCAAGCGCACAAUAAAGAGAUUUACACCAUCAAAUGGAGCCCGACGGGCACAGGGAGCAACAAUCCCAACGCCAACAUCCUGCUAGCCAGUGCCUCGUUUGAUUCGACGGUGCGGUUAUGGGACGUGGACCAGGGCGUUUGCAUCCACACGCUCACCAAACACCAGGAGCCCGUCUACAGCGUGGCCUUCAGUCCGGAUGGGAAGUUCCUGGCCAGCGGCUCCUUCGACAAAUGCGUUCACAUCUGGGAUACGCUGAGCGGUGCAUUGGUGAACAGCUACAGAGGAACGGGAGGAAUAUUUGAGGUUUGCUGGAACAGUGUGGGAGAUAAAGUGGGAGCGAGUGCGUCUGAUGGAUCGGUCUGUGUUCUUGAUUUAAGGAAGUAGCUCUCGGUGAAUCCGGAUGCCGGAUCGUGCAGCUAAAGCCUUCGGUGCGUCCCAGCGGCUGCUGGUUGUGACUGAACUCGUUUCUUCCGGUCAAUUGAGACCCUUCACCGGGAACAAAUGUUGAAAACCAAAUUAGAGGAAACGUCCACUAGAGAUGGUCAGAGAAGUGCUGUUGAUCAGCGGUCGAUGAAGUGGAGCCAGCGGACGCACAUCCGGGACGCCGAAGAGCUGGAGAUGAUUCAUUCGAAAGGUUUUAUCACGUUCGGGCGACACUGAUAUUCAAUGGGUGCCAUGCGUGAAGUCUGACUGUCAGGAAACAGAUUUUUAACCACCUUUAAUUCAAGGCGAGGCUUCACGUGUGCCGCUUCCGGUGGUUUAAGGGUGAAUGAAGACGUCAGCGGCCGAGUACUUGGGAAAUAUUUGACGAUUCUCAGAUAUUAAAUACACAGGUGUAAAACCUCCCACUGGAUGUACAUUUAAUGAAUGUAAAGAUGUAAAUGAGAUCGGAACUACGCAGAUUUUAUAAACUGUGUUUAUAUGUUUAUAAACUAAUCUUUCAUACUUUUUUAUGUUUUCUGAUUUUGUGCACGUCACGCCUGCUGGAUCGGCAGGAAACUCGGCAGCGGUUUUGAAUAAAUUCAAUUGUGAGGAUAUAUCAUUAUCAUAAGUGGGAAUCGAGCGUUUUGGGCCGUAUUUAAUUCUCAGCGUCACAGUCGAGUCCUAAACGGGUGUGAUUUGAUAAAACGACAAGUAAUAAAAUCGCUCUCCUCCAUGCAAAUCUGAAUUUUUGUCUUUUGUUGAUCACUUGAUUUCUUUAAUGUGGCGUUGCACUAGGAAGCCCCGCCCAUCUCGAAAUCUCACUGGUCCAAAAUCCUAAUUUGCAUUAAACAUAUUCGAUUUCAGUGUGAACAGACUAAUUACUGAAACUUCAGAAUAUAUGUAGCGACAAACAUGACGGGCGACAAAAGUCUGUUCAUCGCAGCCAUGGGUUAGGAAUUCAUUCCCUAUUUCAAUUUAUUUCAAUAAAUCGUAAAUAUGUUUCCUCGUACCUAUUUGUUAAUUUUGACUUAAAAACAAGGAUACGACAAAUUAGUACGACAUUGAUACAAUCUACUAAAUGGAGGGAACAAAUCAGUACGUUUCGUGGCCAUAAUUUAUUGAAACGAGGGAACGAAAUCUUAAUUCGUGGCUGCGAUUUACAACAAAUUUGUACGACGUAGACGUGAUUUACCAAAACAGUGGAACAAAUUCUUAAUUUGUGGCCUCAAAGUAAUUAAAACAAGGAGAUUUAAUUUUUUAUUUGUGGAUACGAUUUACCAAAAUAAGGGAACAAAUGCUUAAUUUCUUGUUAAUAGUUUUAUUAAAAUGAGGGGAAAAAUUUGAAUGACAAUUUUUGGCCACGAUUUACUAAAACGAGAACAAACUCUAAAUACAUGGCCAUUAUUUAGGUAAAAUGAGGCAAGGAAAUUAUAUGAAUUAUGAAUUCAUUCCCUCAUUUUAGUAAACAAAAUGUGUUACAUUUAUUAUGUGAACAAAUUAGUACAUCAUAGCCAUAAUUUAGUAUUAAAAUGAGGGGAGGAAUUCUUAAUUUAUAUUAUUAUUUUAUUAAAAUUCUAAAUUCGUGGCUGCAAUUUAAUUAAAACGAGAGAACAAAUUAUUAUGAUGUGGCCACGAUUUACUAAAACUACUGAAAGAAUUUGUACGACGUUUCAUGGCUACAAUUAACUAAAACGAGGCAUCAAAUUCACAAAUUUUAACAAAAUUCACAAAUUCACAGCCACAAUUCAGUUGAAAUGAGGGAAUGUUUUGUGGCCACGAGUUACUAAAAAGAGGGAAGGAAUUUUAUUAAAACGAUUUAUUUGUGGUCACAAAUUUAUUAAAAUGAUAGAACGAAUUAGUAUGACAUUUCCUUGCCAAGAUUUACUAAAACAAGGGAACAAAUUCUUAAUUCGUGGCUGCCAUUUGAUUAAAAUGAUGAAACGAAGUGUCAACAAAUUUGACAAAUUCACAGGCACAAUUUAAUUAAAAUGAGGAACUGAAUUAUUAUGACAUUUUGUGGCCAUGAUUUACUAAAAAGAGGAUCUAUUUGUGGCAAAAUUCGUGGCUGUGAAUUAAAAUGAAAACAAAUUACAUUCUGGUCAUGAUUUUAUAAA